CAGACCGUGGUCACCUUCACCUGUGACUCGGGCUACACACUGAACGGCGCUGCUACUCCGACGUGCCAAGCUGACGGAACGUGGAGUAGUCCUGUUCCAACAUGCCAAGCGGCCCAAUGUCCGGCUCGGGCGGCCCCAGCUAACGGAGCGGUGAGUCCUACCGGAGCGGUCUCCUACCCGAACGGGGUCACCUUCACCUGUAACCCGGGAUACACACUGAACGGCGCUGCUACUCCGACGUGCCAAGCUGACGGAACGUGGAGUAAUCCUAUUCCAACAUGCCAAGCGGUCCAGUGUCCAGCCCGGGCGGCACCGGCUAACGGAGCGGUGAGUCCUACCGGAGCGGUCUCCUACCCGAACGGGGUCACCUUCACCUGUGACUCGGGUUACACACUGAACGGCGUUGCUACUCUUACCUGUCAAGCUGACGGAACGUGGAGUAACCCUGUUCCAACAUGCCAAGCGGUCCAAUGUCCGGCUCGGGCUGCCCCAGCUAACGGAGCGGUGAGUCCUACUGGAGCGGUCUCCUACCCGAACGGGGUCACCUUCACCUGUAACCCGGGAUACACACUGAACGGCGCUGCUACUCCGACGUGCCAAGCUGACACAACAUGGAGUAAUCCUGUUCCUUCAUGCACACCGAGACCAUGUCCGGCGUUGACUGCCCCAACUAACGGAGCUCUGAGUCCUCUCGGGCCACACGCCUUCCCUACCGUGGUCACCUUCACCUGUAACCCGGGAUACGUACGGAGUGGUGCUGCUGAUACGACAUGCCGAGCUGACGGAACACGGAGUAAUCCUGUUCCAACAUGCACAGUUGGACAAUGUUCGACGCUGACGGCCCCGGCUAACGGAGCUAUCAGUACCACAGCGACUUCCUACAAUACCGUGGUCACCUUCACCUGUAACUCGGGAUACGUGCUGAAUGGCGCUACAUCUACGACCUGCCAGGCUAACGGAGCGGUGAGUCCUACCGGAACGGUCCCCUACCCGAACGGGGUCACCUUCACCUGUAAUACGGGAUACACACUGAACGGGGUUACUGCUCCGACGUGCCAGGCUGACGGAACAUGGAGUAGCCCUGUUCCAACAUGCACACGUAAGACGACGGUACAAUGUUCGGCUUUGACGGCCCCAGCUAACGGAGCGGUGAGUCCUACCGGAGCGGUCUCCUACCCGAACGGGGUCACCUUCACCUGUAACCCGGGAUACACACUGAACGGCGUUGCUACCCCGACGUGCCAAGCUGACGGAACGUGGAAUAGUCCUGUUCCAACAUGCCAAACCAGAACAUGUCCGGCUCGGCCGGCUCCAGCUAACGGAGCGGUGAGUCCUACCGGAGCGGUCUCCUACCCGAACGGGGUCACCUUCACCUGUAACCCGGGAUACACACUGGACGGCGCUGCUACUCCAACUUGUCAAGCUGACGGAACAUGGUUUAGUCCUGUUCCAACAUGCACACCUACCGGAGCGGUCUCCUUCCCGAACGGGGUAACCUUCACCUGUAACCCGGGAUACACACUAAACGGCGUCGCUGCUGCGACGUGCCAAGCUGAUGGAACAUGGAGUAAUCCUGUUCCAACAUGCCAAGCUGGGAACUGUGACCGCCUCGUUCGUGAGGGUUGGGACAUCGUGUUCCUCAUGGACUCCACCAGCAGCGUGAAGUUCGGCAGCGUCAAGAACCUGACCCGCGACAUCGCCGACCGACUCCUCACCGACGGCGGCAACACUCGCGUGGGCGUGGUCCAGUUCAGCGACAACCCGGCGGCGAUUUUUGAUCUCAAUACGUACAACACAAAGUCUGCGGUCAUAACAGCAAUCAAUGCGGCUCAACGGCGUAGCGGUGGUACAUUUGCCGGGAGUGCACUUACCUACGUGAAAGAGGUUAGCUUCUCUACAGCAAACGGCGGCCGCGCGGAAUGGCCCGAUGCGCUCAUCGUGGUGACGGACGGCAUGACGUUUGAUGACAUCAGCUACGCGUCCCAGGCCGUGCGUGAGCAGGGGAUCACCACCUUCGCCGUCGGGGCGGGCGACGCGGUGAACCGCCAGGCUCUGAGGGUCAUGGCGGUAGAUCCCUACAAGGUUCGGAUAGUAACGAAUGACACCCAGCACGUGGAGACGGUCGCAGCCAUCUGGAGGUGGUUUUGCCUAGCCGACGUGUGCACACGUCCCGCAAAUCCGGCAAACGGCAUACGGCGCGGUACGAUCUACCAGGGAGAGAGGAUGUACUUCAGCUGCGACGACAACUUCGUCCUGGACGGAACAACUCCCCUCACCUGCACUGGCACCUUCAGCAGUUCCACCGGCUCGUGGAGUAAUACUGUUCCAACCUGCAAACCGGCGUGCACCCCCAAUCCGUGCUUGAAUGGAGGGGUGUGCUAUCCGACUCCCUCGGGAUACCAGUGUCAGUGUCCCCCCGGAAUAUUCGGACGCAACUGUGGUACUGGUUCUGGGCUGGACAGGCUGAACGGGCCAGGUUGGGACCUGGUGUUUCUCCUGGACAGUUCGGACAGCGUGGGGAUGCCAGGCUUCCUGAAAGUUCGAAAUGUCACCGAGAAAAUCGUCGAGAGGUUGCCACUACGUAACAACGAGACGCACAUCGGUCUGGCGCAGUACAGCGAUCAAACUAAACAAGAGUCCUUGCUGAAAAACUAUCAAAACAAGAACGCGACCCUUGAGAAAAUCCAGGGCAUCAUGCCAUUGGCGGGGGCAACCAGUUUCUAA